UUCGUUUGGCUCGCUUAGCUCGGCCGGCGGCAGCCACUCGUUCUGCUCUUCUUCAUAUACACACGCCGACUCCCUCUCACGUCCUCGCCCUCGUCACCCUCCCCCGCGUGGUCCCUUUGUUUCCUUUUCGCCUUUGCGCGUUGAUCCAUUCGUUUUCUGGCUUUGCUUUGGCUUCACCCCCAUCGCAUUGUUCUCCACUGUCGUUUUCUUUCCCCUCCAGCCUGGCUUGCCUGCUUCCCUCCCUCUCUCCCUAUAUACUUACUCUCUUCUCCGGCCCUUCUCCCGUCCAUCUUCAGCCACUUCACCACUUUCGCUACCCGUCUACGCAUAUCAUCCCAAUCGCAAUCUUCAAAAACUGCUGUUCCGUCGCUUGGCUGUUUGAUACUUUCUAUCCGUCUUCACUUCACCUGGUCCACUUUGUGCAGAGCAUACCUGGCUGGGUCACGUUACCUUCAACUCGCAACUUCACAACGACUACUCCUUCACCUGGAUUGUUCGCAUUCAUCCUAUUGUGCCAACGUCCUUUGUUUGUCCUGCUUCACAAUAACAGCUACGCGCAUUGUUCUGUGAUGCAUUCUCGGUGACCGCACAACCCGCAUUGUUUCUUCCCUGCCCUUUGUCAAGAACAAACUGCAUUCCGCCGCAGCUCCGCUAUUAUCUCUCUUCUUUUCCUCGCUCGUUGCGCAAACCACCAAAGAAGCAAAAGAAAAACAUAAUAGCACCUGGCUGUGCUGACUCGGACAACAACUUCAACCCACAUCUGUCGUCCCCGCCCAGCGCCCAAACACAACAACAACCACCCUCCCCGAUCCAAUUAUAGAUAUACACAUGUUCCCUUCCCCCCUUUCAAGGCGGGAGGAGCCAUCGACUGCGGCCAACAACAAUGUCAUUGCUCGUGGAGCUGCCGAACUGACCGGCUGGGAUGCUGGUCUCUUCGACUCGCUCCGCUUCUCCCACGGCCUCACCGGUGUCGACCAAGAUGGCAACUACCUCUGGGUCGAUGUUUUCCUCACCAUGCUCGGCGCUAUCGGCUUGAUCCUUCUGAUUAUGCGCGUUACUCAUAUGCUUUGGAACCACAUGCGCCAUCUGACCGCCAUGGGCCAUCCCGAGAAGCAGCUCUACUGGGCUGAGAACCGCUCCGCUAUCUGGCCCUGGAUCUACCGCCACAUCAUGAUGGCUCCCCUGCACAAACUCAAACACAAUGCUGGAUUCCAGAUUUCCGCCGCCAUCGAUAAUGGAACCCUCCCCGGUCGCUUGCACUUCAUCAUGCUCGUCAUCUAUGGAGCCCUCAACAUCGCUUGGUGCCUUGCCCUUCCAUGGAAAGAGUCGGGUGAAUCCAUCGUUGCUGCGCUGCGUGGCCGUACCGGAACCUUGGCCGCCCUCAACCUGAUCCCCACCAUCCUGUUCGCCCUCCGCAGCAACCCCCUGAUCUCGCUGCUCCAGGUCUCGUACGAUGACUUCAACCUGUUCCACCGCUGGGGCGGCCGCAUCACCAUCGUCGAGGCUCUCAUCCACACCGCAUGCUGGCUCCACAAUACCGUUCACGGAGGCGGUUUCGAGGCUGUCUCGAAAGGCCUCACCAUGGAGGCAUCUUACGGCUGGGGCAUGGUCGGUACCAUUGCUUUCACCAUGAUUCUCCUCCAGUCUCCCUCGCCCAUCCGCCACGCCUUUUACGAGACAUUCAUCAACGUCCACCGUCUGAUGGUCUGGGCCGCCCUCUUGGGUCUCUACCUCCAUCUCCAAAGGCACUUGCUCCCCCAGCUUCCCUGGAUGUACCUCCUCUUCAUUUUCUACGGCGGCGAGUUACUCAUGCGCGGCCUCUACAUUGGCUACUACAACUUCCGCCUCACAAAGACCUCACGCGUCAAAGUCGAAGCCCUCCCCGGAGAAGCCUGCCGCCUCACCAUCGACCUCGUCCGUGACUGGCAUCCCAAACCAGGCUGCCACGUGCAUAUUUAUAUGCCCGCCCUCGCGCUCUGGUCCUCUCACCCCUUCUCCGUCGCCUGGGCCGAAACCGAGACCACGUCGUCCAAAGCCCUCACAGAAGCCUGUCUCGAAAGCGGCGCCCCCUCACCGCAUGCUACAAAAACCACCCGCCAAAUCAGCCUCGUCUGCCGCGCCCGCACAGGCUUCACGCGCAAAAUGUACGAAAAAGCAUGCCAAUCCUCAACAGGCUCCGCCUUCGAGACCUUCGGCUUCAUCGAAGGACCCUACGGCGGCCAUCACAGUCUCGACUCCUUUGGCACCGCUGUCCUCUUCGCGGGAGGUGUCGGAAUAACGCACCAAGUCAUGUACGUCAAGCACCUCGUCGAAGGCGCGCACCGCGGCACCACCGCAACCCGUCGUAUUCUCCUCUGCUGGACCAUUCCCGACGCACAAUCCCUCGAAUGGGUCCGCCCGUGGAUGGAUCAGAUCCUUCGUCUACCCGGUCGCAAACAGGUCCUCCGCAUCAAGCUCUUCAUCUCGCGCCCCAAAGGCCCCAUUCAAAAUCGCGCAGGUGACUCCGUCGUCAUGUACGCCGGCCGCUGCAACGCCGCCACUGAGAUUGAGAAUGAGUUCAGACAUCGCGUCGGCGCCAUGGCAGUCACCGUGUGCGGAUCUGGCGGUAUGGCGGAUUCGGUGCGCGCUGCAACGCGCUCGUGGGUCGAGGAGGGCAGCGUCGAGUUCAUUGAAGAGGCGUUUACGUUUUAA